CCGAUUCAAUCGGUGACACAAGAGUUGGUGUGAAUCUUACUCUCCUCGCAGCACCGAUGCAAAAGUAACUUUGAAUCGAUAAAUUGAUUAAGGGUGAGAUGAUUCGUUGUUGACCAUGGUUGUGUCCUCGGAAACGUUGAGCGCCAUAUUCGUCUCGCUGUUUCAUUGAUAUCAGUAUUCACGGUACCGUCGUCGAGAGCGGAGAGCUUCACUAGAGUCGUGUAGGAUCUCCGUUGAUCUCGUACUGUCUGUCUGCCCCCUCUGAAGUGAUGUGUGUUGCUGAAUGCGCACAGGAGAAGCAUGAACAAAAAAUUCAUCUUUUCCGCCUCUUUUUCGUGUUGAGUCCGAGGUUGAGGACAGCGAAAUCUAAAACGUUGAGCACCAUACUCGUUCUGUAUCUGUCUUAGUGAUUUGGUACAAUUAAGGUGCUUCUACAGCUGGACUGAAUGUUUGUUGCAGCACACUUUAUUGCUGUAUUGGCCACUUCGCUUCAUUAUAUCAACGAAUUCUGCUCCUCGCCCACAUCCCACCAGCAAGACACCAUGUUCAUUACUUUGAACAAUGGAAAUUGCAAGAAACAGCAAACUGACCGUCUUUUCAAAUUUUCAAUUUAAUUUUUUGACUAUAGUCUAUUGCGGUCUGCUUGCUGAUAUUUUACGUGAAGAGGAUAUCCGGAGAGUCGAAAACAACAAUAGCUACGGUGGGCUGCCCUUUGGAUUGAAUUUGCAGAGCUUCGGUUGGUUGAGAGACGAGGAAGGAGAAUCCGUUGCUCCUCUGACUAACUGUUGACGACGACAGGCUUUGAAUCAGAAAAUUGUAGACAUAUCGAUCGUUUUCAUUGUAGUAACAUCUGAGAGAAAUAAGUAAAUAUAGUCUCUCAUGCAGACGCCACAAGCGCCUCCGCCUCAGAUGGCACCUGCGCCCCAGGCAGCACCGCAGCAACCGAUGAUGCCUGCAGCUCCGGUUGCUGCACCGAUUCCGAUGCAGCAUACCCAAUAUGCACCGCAACAGCAAAAUAAUGUACAAGGGACAACAUUUCAGCCCCAACAGCAGCAACAGCAGCAACAGCAACGAUAUGUUGGUGCUCCUGGCACCCAGGUGGGAGCCAUGCCACAGCAGCAGCAGCCGGUCACUCAGCAGGUCGCUGCUCCAGUCGCUCAGCCGCAGCGGCAACAGACCACGCAAAUAUAUCCUCAUCAAGGCCUAAAUGGUGGUUGGCAGAGCGAUCAGGAUUACAAUGAACGGAGGAAGAUGAUUGCUAAAAUGUAAGUGUUUUAGAUCGGAAUUUACAAGAAUUGGCGGACGUGAUUCAAACAGUCAAAUAUCACAGCUUCAUCUAUGCUGUUUUUCUCCUAAUCAGCAAAGUGUGUGGUAUAGUUUUCUCACCAUUUGUUUUUUCUUGUCUUGUUUCUAUCUUGGUUCGGAAAUUGAUGUCUUUGUUUUAUGCUCAUGAAUACAAUAAAAUAGAGUACAUUUGUUGAAAUUAAGAAAACCAAAUGCACCACCGGAUUGGUUGAAGAAGUUACCACAGAUGGCUAAACGUCUAGAGGAAUCAUUGUAUCGGUCCGCAAAGUCGUUUGAAGAGUACAAUGACGCAUCGACUCUUAAACAACGCCUUCAACAGUUAGCUCAUAAUAUUGGUAUGAAAACAAGAAAAAUUCAACAAGCGCAAAUGCAAGCUCGAGCUCAGCAGCAACAACAGCAGCAGCAGCAGCAGCAACAACAACCACAGCAGAUGGGACAGCAGGGGGUGCAAUAUCGAACCGUUCCACAACAAUCUCAACAGCAGGGUAUACAACAGCAACCAAUAGCGCCGUUGCAGCAGCAACAGCAAGCUCCCCUCCAACAAAUUCAGCAGGCCCCAAUGGUACAAGGACAGCACCAGCCCAUGCAACAGCCACCGCCAGUUCAGCAGCCACAAGGAAGCAAUAGCCGAAUUGUAAAUGUUGCAGAAAUAAAUCCUAUCAUGAGUCAGCCUACGGUCAAGACUACCCAUGCCCCAGUACAGCCAGCACCAAUGCACUACCAACCAGCGCAACCCCAGGCUCCUGUAGCGGCACCGCAACCAGUGUCAGCUCCCGUUCAGGGGCAAGCUCAGACACAAAACGGAAGUGGAAAUCGUCAAGUAUCGGACCGACAGCAGGUAUUGCGCCAUCAACAACAACGCUUGUUGCUCCUUAGGCAUGCUGCCAAAUGUCAGCACGACGAUGGACGAUGUCCAGUGACACCACACUGUGCAGGUAUGAAGCGCUUGUGGAAACACAUCGCGGAGUGUAAGGACCAAAAAUGUUUGGUUCCUCAUUGUGUGAGUUCACGGUACGUUUUGAGUCACUAUCAUCGAUGUAAGGACGUCCGAUGUCCUGUAUGUGGUCCUGUAAGAGAAGCAAUCCAUCGAAGUCAUGAAAAGCAAAAGCAAAUGCAGGCUUUGAAACAGCGACAUCAACAAGCAGUUCAACAGAACCAAAGUGAAGGCGCACCUGUUGGAGCGCCGGUGGGGGUGCCUCCAGCACAAGUUCAACACGUUGUACAGGCUCCUUCAUCUGUCCAGGGAGUUGCGCCUCCUCCACAGCAGCAACCAUUGCAAUAUCCACCUCAGCCCACCGCUCCAAAGAGCACUAUGGCUGCAGAACCACCCAACAAGAGACAACGCAUUGGAGUUCCCAUGCAGUAUCAACAGCAACCUGUUGCACCGGCUCCAGGACAACCAAUUGCACCACGAAAUAUGUAUCAACCAGGAUCAGUCCCUGUAACGUCUUCUACCACAUCGCUUCCUCCACAACCUAUGUCAAUACAGCCUCCUGCAGUUUCAAGCUUUGCACCGAAGCAGCAACCGAUGGCUCCGCAACCUGGUGUACCUAAUGCACCCGUUCCAAUUGCAAAGCCUGCUGCGCCCCCUAAAUUUGCAAACGGUCAAGUGAUUACACCGAAGUUUACAGGCCCCAAGCCACAAGAAGACCAUACUCUGAUCAAUUGCUUUUCAGUUGAACAGAUUGAAACACAUAUUGCGUCUUUGAAUAAAGGCCUGCAACUUCCUCCUGCAAAAUUGAAGGCCAGCUGCCUGGAUGUGCUCAAAAACCUGCAGAGCCACCAACAUGGUUGGGUGUUUAAUAGUCCCGUUGAUCCUGUGGAGCUAGGUCUUCCUGACUACUUUGAAGUCAUCAAACAGCCAAUGGAUCUUGGAACAAUUAGGAAGAAGCUCGAGAAUGGCUGUUAUCAUUCGUUAGAUGACUUUCAUAACCACGUUCAAAUUACGUUUGAUAACGCCAUGCUGUAUAAUCCCGAAGGGUCAGUUGUAUACAACAUGGCGAAUGAAAUGAAAACCAAGUUCAUACAAGAUUUUGAAAACUUGAUGAAGCAACUGAAUGCAGAGGAGGAUGCGAAGAGAAGAAACGGAGAAGCAUGUUCAUUGUGCGGAUGCGAAAAAUUGUUAUUCGAACCUCCAGUUUUUUACUGCAAUGGUCACAAUUGUCCUUCGAAACGUAUUCGACGGAAUAGCUAUUAUUAUGUUGGUGGCAAUAAUCAAUACCAUUGGUGCCACCAGUGCUUCGGUGAUCUGAAAGAUGGCCAAUUACUCGAACUAGCGGAUGCAUCGAUCCGAAAGGAGCAACUUAUUAAGAAAAAGAACGAUGAAACUCACGAAGAAAGUUGGGUUCAAUGUGAUCGUUGUGAGCGAUGGGUUCAUCAGAUUUGUGCUCUAUUCAACACUCGUCAAAACAAAGAUCAGCGGUCUGAAUUUGCUUGUCCACGAUGUACGAUCGAAGAGCGCAGGAAGACUGGGAGGCUCGAGGCGACUUCUUCAACUCCUAUGGCCGAAGAUCUCCAACGUACUAAGCUAUCCGAAUUUAUCGAGUCUCAUGUCCGUGGAAAGAUGGCCGAUCAUCUUAAAGGACUUGCGGAAGAGAAGGUACAAAAGGACGGUGUAUCGAUCGAAGAAGCCAAAGCUUCUGUUACAAUGKGCGGAGAAAUCACAAUUCGUCAAGUUACUUCGAUGGAUCGUAAACUCGAAGUACGGGAACGUAUGAAGAAGCGAUAUGCUUUCAAGAAGUAUCCCGACGAAUUUACUUAUCGAUGCAAAUGUUUUGUUGUGUUUCAAAAUCUUGAUGGUGUUGACGUCAUUCUCUUUGGACUCUACGUCUACGAACAUGACGAGAAGAAUCCCUCACCAAACGACCGAACUGUAUAUGUAUCGUAUCUUGACAGUGUCCAUUAUAUGAGACCGAGGUCCAUGAGAACAUUUAUUUACCACGAGAUUCUUAUAUCAUACCUUGAUUAUGUUCGACGUCGUGGAUUUUCUACUGCACAUAUUUGGGCUUGUCCCCCGCUGAAAGGCGAUGAUUACAUUUUGUACGCCAAACCAGAAGACCAGAAAACGCCAAAGGACGAUCGGCUUCGUCAGUGGUAUAUUGAUAUGCUCGUUGAUUGUCAAAAGCGUGGAAUUGUUGGGAAGCUGACAAACAUGUACGACCUGUACUUCUCAAAUAGAGAAAAUGACGCUACCAUUGUCCCUUACAUGGAGGGCGACUACUUCCCAGCUGAAGUAGAGAAUAUCAUUAAGGAUAUAGAAGAAGGAAAGGUUGGCAAAAAGAAGUCUAGUGGAAAAGAGGGAAAGAAAAAGAAAGGGGAUAAAAAGCAAAAAAGAAAGAGCGGCAGAGGUGGAACGCGAUCAAGUGGAAUUGAUGAAGAUGCUCUCAAAGCCAGCGGUGUUCAGUUCCCUGGCGACGAUCAAAGGAGUCUUGAAGAGGGUGGUCGAGACUAUGUUAUGGUAAAGCUUGGUGAAACUAUUCAACCGAUGAAAGAAAGUUUCAUUGUCGCAUUUUUGGCCUGGAAGGGUGCCAGAAAGGAGGAUAUGGUUGUACCUAAAGCUAUUCAGGAGUACAGAGAAAAACAUAACGUAGUAGUAGAAGAUGGACCUGAUGAGGAGUAUCAAAACAUGAGAGAGGAGAAAGAGAGGGAGAUUGCACAGAAAAAAGAAAAAUCGUCGGAUGUCAAGAGUGGCGCAACUGAGGACGGACAAUCUAAGGAUGUUGUUAUGAAAGACAGCGUUGCCGAAAAUGUUAAUGAUGGUGCGACUCGUGUUGAGAAGUCUGCAGAGUGCAAGAUAAAGGAGGCAGUAAAGGACGAUGAUAACGUUUCCAAAGAUAAAAGUAAACCAGAAAAUGAAAAAUCCAAGGAGUCGGAGAAGUCGGAAGAAGACGUCCAAGAAAAGAAUGCGGACAACGCUAAAGGUGGAGCAACAGCUGUCGUCGAAUCCAAUGUCGCAAGGGCUGGUGCAGAAGCUGAUAUCAAAUCUGAUGGUCUAAAUGAAACCUCAAAAGAGGGAACAAAAGACAAAAACGCCGAGAACAUAGAAUCCACAUCUCAAACUCAACAGCCAUCCGAGAAGGAGUCGCAAGUUAAGUCUGAGGCCACUACAGAUAAUAGUUCGAUCAAAAUUGAAGAGAAAAAAGACGACGGAGACGGAAGCAAGCCAAACCAAAUGGAAGUGGACUCAACGUCAAAGAGUACAGAAGGAAAAGAUGCUCUGUCUUCUGCCAAACUGGCGACUACUCAAAACGGUGCAGGCGCAACGGCAACGGCAGUUCCGACUACCAGUGCUGGAGUUGAGAAGGUGGAAGCAACGAAGUCCUUAUCAAUGCAGGAAAGAUCUGGAAAAUUUGCAGCUAUGGCUAAGAAACGGGGGUUUUCUGGAGAGGAAAAGAGCGAUACAGGUGAUAAGGAUAAAAAGGAAAAAUCGAAGGCGAAGGGGAAAGAAGCAGAAGCUGCACCUGUUAUUUAUGUUUUGGACAGCAAGGGGAGAAGAGUUAAGGUUAUUGAUGACGAUGCGGAAGAAAUGGAUUGCGAGUUUCUUAAUAAUCGUCAAGCAUUUUUAAACCUUUGCCAAGGAAAUCACUAUCAGUUUGAUCAUCUAAGGCGGGCGAAACAUUCUUCAAUGAUGGUCCUGUGGCAUUUACACAAUCGAGAUGCUCCCAAGUUUGUCCAGCAAUGUACGACGUGCUCAAGAGAAAUUCUUUCCGGCUAUCGCUUCCAUUGUGCUGUUUGUGCUGAUUUCGAUCAAUGUAAGGAAUGCAUAAACAAUCCAAAUAUACCAAGGCAUCCGCACCAACUCACACGGAUUGCUGUGUCGGGACAACAAACCGAGUUGACAGAAGCGCAACGCAAAGAGCGUCAACGUAGCAUUCAGCUUCAUAUGACUCUAUUGCAGCACGCUGCAACUUGCAAAAACCCAAAGUGUCCUUCCGCGAACUGUACGAAGAUGAAGGGUCUUUUGAAACAUGGUGCUCAAUGUACAAUCAAGGCUACUGGUGGCUGCAACGUGUGUAAAAGGAUAUGGGCUCUUCUUCAAAUACAUGCCCGCCAGUGUAAAGCAACGCAAUGUCCUGUUCCAAACUGCAUGGCAAUCAGAGAAAGGGUACGCCAGUUGAAGAAGCAGCAACAAGCCAUGGAUGACCGCCGUCGUCAAGAAAUGAACAGAGCAUACAGAGGCGCGAGAUAAUUCGAGAUUUCAAUACUGCACUGGUUGGCGUUGAGAUAGUUACGUUAAAACGAACCACGUCUUUUCCUGGAAGCGAGCGCAUGGAAUCGAUCACCACCAUGAAAACGAGACGUCAAAGUCAUGUCAAAAUAUAUAGUCCGAAGGCAAGCGUUCGAGACAAAACUGUAAUAGUCUUUUUGAAUCUUGUGCAAAUGUCUCGACUGAUGAUUUUUAUUGAAGUAUUUGGUCUCUAGCAAGUAGAUCGACGUGGGCAACCAAAGAAGCAAAAUAUAGACGUCCUUAAUUUUAAUGGAUUGCAUUCAUUCUCAGAUCUCGUGAAAAAGUGUAGGGCAGUCGAUCUUCAGCAAUAAACUAUGAAUAAAAGU